AUGCCAGUUACUUUCGGUUCCGUAGGCGAUAUCAUUUCCGUCGUUUUGCUUGUGAAAGAUCUAGUUGCAGCGCUUGACGAGGCUCGCGGCUCCAAAGCAGAAUACCAGGGCGCCGUACGCGAGCUUUGGACUCUCGACCGUACACUCCUCGAAAUUGAUCUGCUUACUAGACAGCAUGGGGAUGGAGCUACGCCUGAGUUACGGAGUCUCUGCGAAACAGCAAAGCAAGCUGUAGCUAGAUGCAAUGACCGCGUUAGCGCCUACAAGAAGCGCAUCCAGGGAUACCAGCGCGCUUUUGAAGUCGGCAAAGUGAACAGGGUCAGAGAGAUUGGAAGAGCGAUUGGUUGGAGGACCGGAGAGAAAGAAGCGCUGGAGCAAUUUCGCGCAGAGAUCGCGGGGACUACAUCAAGCCUCCAGAUGUUGUUGAUCACGGCCAAUGUCACGUUAAUUGGAGUUAGUCGAAAGGAGACGAAUGACAAGCUCGACGAAGCAAAGCGCAGGAACGACACGGUCACGCUCUCGCAUGAUGCAUCACUCGUAGAUAUCAAAGACGGCAUUGAGAAUGCUAACCGCAAUAUCGAAGCUGCCAACUCAAUAUUGGACAAUGUGUCCGAAGCACUCAAAUUAGAUUGGCUCCGAAAGCUUGGUUCUGAGCUCAAAGGCAUGAUACGAGGCGCGAUGACGAUUAACUUUGCGACUUACCGUGCUAUCAUGCGUCUGCAGAACUCACUCCCUAGCCACCUAGAGCGGAGCAUGUUCGAAGAGCCAAUGAUACUGGACGAUCCCAUGGGUCGCAUUGCGCCUGUCCAUUUGCAAUUCAUCACCUCUUGGGAUGCUUUCCACGCUGUCCUUGAAAUGCGUUUCCAGGAUAUGCCAGGUCAGAUCAAGAUGGGACGAAGGCAAUACGCCUUACAAGCCAGCGGUACGGGAAGAGAGAUCGAGUUGUCGCAUCCAUGGCACGCUGCGUUUAUACCUGGUCAGCGAAUUGACAUGAGCUUCAUUUUCAGUCAGGACUAUGCCAGCGAGAGCACGAGAGCAGUAGCACUACCUGUCCAGGAUGCUUGA